UUCCAGAAGAGCCAGACCAGCGGCUAAUAAGAAAGUCACACCAAAAGAGAUGUGAGAAAAUUCGUUCAAAGCGGAGAAGAUGAAAUGAAAAAAAAGCAUAAUGUUGUUACGAAACUGUCAUCCGUCUGACCGUUUGAAUGUGCCUUCGCUGUAAUUUUAGUGAUCAAAAUCGAGCUAAUUCGUCGAAUUGGUUAUAUAUUUUGUAACGAUAUUUUGUGUAACGUAAUAAAUAUGGUGUCAAUUGUGUUCCUGUGAAGAAUGUCCGUCAAUAUUACGGUGCAUGCCAAAGGGCAACCGACGCCGUCGUCAGUAACAGCAAACUGUAAUCUUUUCUCAAGCCUUGAUAGUGUUCGCCAAUCAGAUAAUCAAAGGAGAAGGAAAGAACGUUUAGAACAGGUACGUCAACAGUCCAAAGAACUUGCUGCAAAAGUUCGAAAAAACUUUCAAGCGGCUAAAACUAAACAGCUAGCUUAUAUACAAAAGGUCAAACAGGACGAACUCAAUAACUGGAAACGGAAACACAUUGCUAAAUUGCAAGCUGAUUAUCAAAACUGCCUAGAAGAUGUUGGUGAAGCUCACAAAGCGGCAGAGGCAGCCGAACAAUGCGAAAUUUGGUUUCAGGAAAGAAAGGCCGCCCAGCAAGCUGCAGCUCUCAUGCGUGGAAAACAGGCCGAAUCGAAGCUUGCUGGAGAAAUUCAGGAACGUGAGAAUAAAAAGCCGAAAAAGAAAAAGGAGUAUAAGCCGUCUAAAUCCGUCGGAGUUCAAGUUUCCGGGAUUGAAAAGGAGAAGAAAGAAGAAACUGAUGGUCUAGCAGACGAAAGUAUUUCAUCUGCAAACACAUUGAGCGCUUUUGAGCAAUUCAAAAAAGCUGGUAAAUCGAAAUCCUUACCCGGCGCAGAAAGUCACAGCAGGCACCUGUCACCGGAUUUCAUAUCGUCUGAUGACGAAUUACUAGCUUCAGGUAAAAAUAAAGAAAAUAUCCCCGUCUAUAACAUGCCAUCAAAGAAGGGGAUAGAAACUUUAUAUUACAACGCGAACUCGUUCACCUCACCGGACACAUUACACAAUUUACCUCCUCAAACUACACAAUCUGCCAAGGUUCCUGCGUUGAAACCUUUCACACAAGUAUCCGAAUUCAUCAAAAAGCGUCGAGAGGAUCGAUCACACAAACAUCAGCCACAACCGAUGGCAUCACAUCAGACUGUGAAAGAUCCGGGCAGUUACUCUUCGCAGAAAAAUGUUCAAUUCGAUGAUUACAGUGAAAAUACGCUUUCUUUUCCCACGAGUACAGCACUGGAUCGAUCGAUUCUGGACUCGCCUCGUAAGCCGGUUCGCAAGUUGGUAGAACAACCGAAAGCACUGCCAACGGUUGGCACUAGAAGUGCCGCUCCAAUUCCACCGUCGAAAACAAAAAGCUCACUGCUGGUCAGUCCGUCCAAGCAAUCGAGUGCCACCACCGCCAGCACUAAGGUACAGUACUACGACUAUAAUACCAAGUAUCGGAAGGAAUAUGAUCAGCCGGAUUCGAUUGUGCACCGGAACGAUAAGUCUGCGGGCGAACCGAACGCAAUGCAAGAAGCCAACCGACUGGAGCGGUUACAAAAUGAAAUGCUUAACGCGAGAAGACAACCAGCGAUCGCAGAUCGUUCGAAGCUGGCUCUUGAAAAAUUGCAAACUCGAAAGGAUUACGAGAACCUUAAGGCCGAACUAGACAAAUUGGUUAAGGCUGAAAGUCAAGUUAAAGGGCUUGAUUUGACAAAGAAACCUCUUUUGACGGAAGCUCAGCAUCGAAAGCAAAACGAAACCCGACAGAAACGUAUGAACGAAGCCGUCGAAGAUUUGACCAAACGACGCGUUCUGAUCACCUGUCCAAGAGUUCGAGAUCCUCCCAGACACGUUCCGCAACCAAGCCAACCGUCUCAAAUUAAUGUGGCUGCAGGGCGGACCGAUGCCGUCACUUUACCAGGCGAUGAUUCUCUGAUUCGUGCAACCAAUAGUUCGGAUAGUUGCAGUUCUAUUUUACUUGGGAAUGAUCCAUGCCUGGUGAGAGCGAACAUUUCAGUUCCAGCGGAAAAGGAACCGGAUAAGGUGGCGCAGUUGAAGGAACUACUGGAGAAAAUUAAUGAACAGAAAAAGCUGCUGACGGAAGAACUUAGAAAGGAAGAAGAAAUAGACCGGGUACUAAAAGUUCCCGAAAAGAGUUUGAAGUCUACCAAAAGUCAAACUGAUAACGGUAUUUUGAACUUGCAAAAACGUCAGAAACAACUGGACGAGCAGCAGCAGGAACUAAAACGGAAGGAAAAGGAAAUUCGAGAACUUGAAAAACAAUUGAAGGAAAAAUUAAAUCGAUUGGAAAGAGAUAAAUUGAAACCGACAUUGCCUGUUCAAGUAGAGACGCAUGGAGUAGCGAAGGGCGAUGUACAGACGGUCCCGGAUUUAUCGUCAAGCGAUUCAAACGGUAGUUUCCAAUCUGGUUCGGAGAUACCCGUCAAAAUUGUUAUCACUCUGAACGAUAAAAUGCAAAAGAAAGUGAAAAAGACUCCGAAAAAAGUCGUUUCUGAAGUUCGGAAAAGAAAAAAAGCCAAGGAUGCUGCGAACCCUCCUCUGGAAGCUCCUGAAUGCCAACCGAAAGUUCCAACCGAAGCGAAGGUAUCUCGACCUUCACCGAAAAAAGUUAUUCCACCAUCCAAAGCUCUACCGGAACCGGACCAAUCACCUAUUAGUUCAACCACCUCAACUGUAUACCGGCAGCCACCAGCGAAGAUUGAAAACCGCAUGAGUCAAUUAUUGAAACAAAUUGAUCAAAAACAAACCACCGCUGACAAGAUUCCUAUUCCGAAACCACCGUCUGCAAAGGUUAUUCCGAAGCAUCAGCUGAGAAAAGAAACCACUCCUGCUCUAGUGCCGCCUGGUAGACAGAACUUGGAUCCCGUGUUGAUGCAAUACAUUGUUCGCCUGCUAGGAAUGUCCCGCCAGUCAAUCGAUCAACUGGGCGUUAGCUCAUCGACGACAAUUUCUACACCUCACGAUUCGGUUGUCAACGUCAGUGAGAAUCAGUCUAGCGCCGAAGAUGACGUCCUUAAAGAUCAGUCGCGAUUGGAUAAAUUACGGAAAUUCAUCAAUGAAAAUUACAACUUUUUGAAUGAAAUCGACGAGACGUUGAAGGAACAGGAACUGAAUGGCACAUUGGACGAGAACAUCAGUCGAGUGGGUGACAUUUGGAUGAGAACACUGAGCCGAAAGGAAAACGAAAUUCGUCAGAAGAAAAUCUCACAAACCAAAACGUCAGAUAGUGUCAGGCAACCGGCAGUGCAACAGUCGCCACCGGUAAAGGAAAGUUCACUAAAAUCGAUACUUAAGUCUCCCAAGAGAACUCCCGAUGCCAAGGUGGCAAAGAUUAUCACCCCACAGGGACACGUUGAGAUCAUCAAUUUGAGCGAUCGAGAGGAGCAGGAAGUGUUGGAAAAAUAUGCCCAACUUACCGAAAAUUGCAGUAAACGCAUCAGCGAACUAUCGGACAUGAUUCAGAAGGUACGCGAAGAAAAGAAAAAAUUGAUUGAGAACAGCUUGUCUUCUAGCGAACAGCAAGAAUCUACUAAAUAUAUGGACAUACCGCAACCUUUGAUGGGUGCAUCGAUUCAACGGGACAAUAACCUAGUUCCUCCCAAGACCCCGCUCGAGACGAGUCCUCAAUCGACAAGAGACGAUCCGGUCAGUGAGGAAAUCAAUGCCAUUUUUAUCGCUUCACGGCAGAUUGGGCUCAGCAAAGACAGCGGAAUUGCGAUGUCACGACCGGUGACCUCGUCCGAUUUUCGUGACAGUCCGGAUGCACGGCCACAGAAUGCUGUAGUGCAACAGCUUGAACCGGCGAAAGAUUUUGGUGUGCAAGAUACGGCGACAACUGCACCGGUAUCGUUCGAACCUGUCUUGAAGGAUAUUCCCAAGGUCACCCCUCGCAUUAUUGAAUCUAAGAACGGCGGGGGCACACAACAGGUAGUCCAAGUUCACGCGGCAAAAGAUCCAGCUCCCAGCAAACGCACCAAACCUCCGGUUGCCAUUACCCGAUACAGUCCGCAGCUGGAUGAAGCGGCAACGGCUCACGAGUUGUCUACGAUUCUAGAGGUGGAAACUCCGAUGGCAUCGAGAGCAAAUAUUUCGAUUCCUCCCAGCGACAAACUGGAUCCAGCCGAUCGAUUGCUGGUGGAAGCCCGUGAUAAACUAUUGGAACACGCUCGUGCUUUAGGAUACGAAGGAUUCCCGAACUACGACGAAUACGUGCACCAAAAGAAACUGGAAGGUGCACAGUUCGACCCGGAGAAGACUAACUUCUCACGUGUGAACGAGCUGUUGGAGAUGACCGAUAAAAGUGAACAGUUACGAUACCAGAAGUACUUGGAUCCCGCUCCGGAGAUAAAUGUAACCGAGGAAACUCUCAAGGGCGAUACCAGUGUUAACAAACAGUCAGAACAGGCGAGUAAUUCUAGCUCCAGUGCGUCUCUGCCGGAUGUAAUAGCUGAAUUAAAACUGCGUAACAUAAUCGAUAAAUCGUUUAACAAUUCACUCGACGAUUCUAACCGAUCUACACCUGAUUCCGGAUCAAUAGAAAUCUUUCAACCAGUCCCAGUCGUUGAAAAGUCACCAACGAAAAGAAAACAUUACCGGAAACCGGAUGAUACCGGUGAAUCAACAGUUCAAAAAACGGAUUCACUAGAGAGAGAUCUAAACCAACUAGGACUUCGUUGGGCUUCCUCAAUGCUGAAGAAAAAUCAAGAAGUCUUACAGCAAGAUCACUCUAGCAGUUCCUCUCUGUCGCUGGUGGAAGACAUUCGUCGGGGGUCAGAAAGAAAACAAACAUCUUCUAUCAGGGAGCAGCGGGAUUCUCAGCCCAUAUCCGGUAAACCACUGAACCUGAAAGAAUUCAUCGCCCGCGAGCUAAUGAUCCGUACACAUUCCGAUCUGAACUCGCUCUCUGAUUCGUCCAGCCCAUGCAGUCUGUUGCUGAAAUCUCUUCUGGACAUUAGUCACAUCAAUACUUCGACACCGGAACUGCUGACACAAACAACAACGGAUAAGAAUGUCCAGCGCACGUCGACUCCGGUGGCAUCGAAAUCAUCAUCCAGCUCAUCACGCCUGGCCGAAAGAACCAGGGAACCCAGCCUCAGCGCUGCCGUUGGUUUGUUCUCGGGUGAGUCGAGAAUAUCGUCCGUUCACAUGAGUUCCUCAUCCGGCGGAGAACUGACCGUUUCAAAUGCUAAGCUCAAUUUAGACAGGCUUGAGAAAGGUGAAAAGAAAACGCAACCGUCGUAAGGAUGUGAACCCGCUCGGCAUUCAGCAUUUAAUUGUUAAUAUUUUCGUUAAAAACAGCAGGACGUUAAAUAGUGUUUUCGACCGCAAUCCAGUGCCUUGUGGAAAGUUUUAUCAAAUAUAAUCAUAUCUGACAAUGUUAUUUUAUAAAUAUACCCAAAUGUGUUAGAUAUACGUUUUAACUCUUCAAUGAGACGCUCACAAUCAAUGGUGAAAGGGAAGACUUCUUAUUAGUUACAUAAGUAUUGAUCGCUAGUUUAUAAGAUGAUGAUUUGAAGAGUGCUGACAAUUUUUAUUUAAGUUAUACGUAAGCUGACUUGUUGGACUGUUCCGAUAUGCAACUGUUUAAACAGAAAUAAAUGCCUGUAGUCACAA